CUUGAAACCUUCUUCCCGGGACACAUAACGAACCGAGACCUCGCCCUCCCUUCCAUUCUCAUCGCCAUGGCCCGCAUUCGAGCCCAAACAGCGGCCCAGAAGGCGCUUCCAUCACCGCGCUUGACGGAAAGGAUAAAUGGACGGCGUAUCGAUUUACGAAGAACGUCUAUGACACGUGGAUGCCAGAGCAUUUCAAGAACAUUUGCUCCGCCAUCGAUCAGUUGCCACCGGAUUUGGACUUCGAUGUCCCGCCGCUUUCUGAGGCAACCGGGCUUUCCCAGCAUUUGGGGGACUUGAUGUCGGAGGCCGGCUCCGCUUCAGAGCCCGUCGAACCAGAUAUCCAGUCGAGCAAUGCUUGGCAGCAAGGUGGCACUCCGGGCACCUCAUUCACAGUGCCGGAGGGUGGGAAGAGGAGGAAGGCUUAAAUCGAGAAAUGAAUUUAUCCGCCGUUGUCCUACACAGCACCAGCCGGCAGGCACCGGCGCGAUUGCGAAGAAUCUGCCAGCGUUGCCAGUACAAUACGGGCUUGGUUUCUAACUCAUGAGUGGACGAAGAUGCUGAUACGCCUGUUCAAGAUGAGCACGCGCAGGAGCCUUUGGCUACCGGUGGGUUUCUGUCUUAUUGAGGCUCCAUAUGCGAAGCGGGCCAACCAGGACUUUGCACUCUUAAGGAAAGCAUUAGUGAUAGAUCCUCUACCUCACGGCAGGAAUUCGCUCUCGUGGUGGAGUUUCGCCAAUAACGGUGUCAAACUCCUACUAUCGGUUAGCUUGUGCCUCGCAGAGGUGAGAAUUCUUCUCACCUUCAUUAAAGCAAAGACCCGGACAAUGGCAUCCGGAUCACCUAGCCCUUUAAAACGGCCAGACUUGGUCCUGUUCAUCACGAGCUCUUUCACGACUCGAGCCAGCUAUGGCGCGCUGGACACCAUAUCUUUAU